AUGCUAUUCUGGAGGGGGAAAAGAGAAGGGAGGGGUUCAGUUUCCUUGGAGGUGGAACCCUGCGACGAGGAGAGGCUGCACAGUGUAAGAAUUCUAAUGGCUGGAAACAAAGGACGAGGACGUGCUUCUUUUACCUUUAACAUUGAGGCUAUUGGUUUUGCUAGAGGUGAAAAGUUACCUGAUGUGGUAUUGAAACCUCCACCACUAUAUCCUGACACAGAUUAUAAGCCAGUACCUCUGAAAGCUGGAGAAGCAGAAGAAUACAUGUUGGCCCUAAAACAGGAGUUCAGAGCAACCAUGAAAAGAACACCUUAUUUUAUGGACACAGAGGAAGAAAAACAAGAAAUUGAAAGAUAUAGUAAAAGAUAUCUGAAAAAUUACAAAGAAGAUGAUUUGGAAUGGAUACCAGAUUGGAGAAGACUUCCAAGAGAGAUGAUGCCAAGGAAAAAGUUGACAAAAGCAGGACCCAAACGCCAGAAGACAAAAGGUACGGCUAAAGUUGCUACGGUCAUGAGUACCGUGGAUGUAUUGAAAAAAAUUGAGGACUUGGAAAAGAAAGGUGAUGAAGAAAAAUCAGAUGAAGAAACUGAUGAGAAAGAAGGAGGCAAAGGGAAAAGGAAAGAUAAUGAUGAUGAUGAUGAUGAUGAAGCAGCUGAUGAACAAGAAGAGUAUGAUGAAGAAGAACAGGAAGAGGAAAAUGAUUACAUCAAUUCUUACUUUGACAACGGAGAUGAUUUUGGUGCAGAAAGUGAUGACAACAUGGACGAAGCAACAUAUUAGUGAUAAUUAUUCAGAUUAUUUUUGUUUAUUAUAUGGCCUCUGAAUACUUAAGCAAACUUAUUACCUCUUUUGUUUCUGAUGAGAAAUGAGUAAGUAUUGUAUUCUUGUUCACUAUCCUGUGAGCAUUUAUUACUUAAAAAUUCCAAAGUCGCUUUGAGUUUACAGAUUUGUUACAGUUUACAUGUUUGUUUGCAGGGUUUUCCUGUAAAUGCCUUUGCCUCAACCAUAUUCAAAUGAAUUUUGCAAUUACUAUUUUGAUUUAAAUGUGCCUAAAACAUACAAAUUAAUACUUGAACCAAGCUGCUCUUGUUUUUAACUGCUGAUCUUUUGAAGAUUUUAUUAGUCUUCAUAAUGGAUUUCUUUAUCCUGGAAACUGAUCUUACAUUGCACAUGGAGCACUUUGAAAACAAAGAAACUUGAAAGUAGUUGGUAUUUUUUGACCUUUCUGCAUUUAGACUGAUGACUUUGUACCCUUCAGGACAUCUUCCGAGUUAGUUUUAAAGUUAGAGUGAAUUUUGUACGAAGAAGCAAGUGAAAGAUUGAAUUUUUAAAAUUCCCAACCUCAGUCAGUAGAAGGUGGCUUUCAGAUGAAAUGAAAGAACCCUGAAUGACAUAAAGAUACCAGGGAACUGCUUUCUGCAUGAUACUGCUGGAGAUGUUGGGGUCUAAUAGUCAUUUUAUAAUUCUCAUCCAUGAACACUUGGAUUUGGGAAGCGGGGAGAUCAGGUUAUUUUAAAAAAGAAUAUUUAGUAUUAUAAUAUGUAGGAAUAUGAGAGGGUAACUCCAUAAGCUUUAUUCAUAUAUAAUAAUGUACCCCAGUGUGGAUGGGUAAAGCCCCAUGCAAGUGUUUAUUCUUUGAGGUAGAGUAAGGUCUCUUGAGUACUGUGUAGAGUAUAGAAGCUAUAGAAUUAAUUCUGUUUGUUUACAUAAUGAUAUUGAAUAAAGCUCAGGAUAUCUUGAAAAUAAAA